CUCGGCGGUUGGGCGGCCGUUGGGCGGGCGGAGCGCGGCGGCCGGCGGUGAGCGGGGGGCUCCGGGACCCGGCAUCGGCCUCCGUGACUGGGGAGCGGCUCCGGGCCCCGCUGGCGACCGUGUGAGUGUGAGUGUGUGUGUGUGUGCGGUACGCGGGGGAGCGAGAUGGAGCCGCUGCCCAGAGCGGCGCCCCUGGCCACGAAGCUGCGGAACACCCUGGUGCAGUACCACGGCAUCGCGGACAGCGAGUGGCGGGUCGCCAAGAAAACGUAAAUUGGCUUGGCCCGCAAAGCUGUUUAUCUUCUCAGACUUCUCGUACUUGAUACAGAGAAAGGCAAUUGACUGAUUUUUUUGAAAGAAUGGAGGAUUACCAGCAAAGACGUCUGAAAGACGUCUGCUUUUCUACAGGCAAAUAUACAAGAGAGCACUUUGGGAAAGAUGCAACGGUGUGGCGUAAACCAUCAGAGGAAUUCAGUGGAUACCUCUACAAAGCUCAAGGAGUGGUGGAAGAUGUUACUAACAGAAUUGUGGAUCAUAUUCGCCCUGGACCUUAUAGGCUGCACUGGGACAGCUUAAUGACUACAAUGGACAUCAUGGAAACGUUUGAAGAGAACUGCUGUGUGAUGCGUUACACCACUGCUGGCCAGCUCUGGAAUAUCAUAGCACCAAGGGAGUUUGUUGAUUUCUCUUACACCACAAACUACGAAGAUGGUCUUCUAACGUGUGGUAUUAGCCUUGACUAUGGAGAGGUGAGACCUGAUUUUGUCCGUGGAUUCAAUCACCCUUGCGGUUGGUUCUGCGUCCCUCUUAAAGACUAUCCUAACCACAGUCUUUUGACGGGUUACAUUCAGACAGAACUGCGAGGGAUGCUGCCACAAUCUGCAGUAGACACUGCCAUGGCUAGUACUCUGGCCAAUUUCUACUCUGACCUCAAAAAGGCACUGAAAACAUAGGCAAAAAGUGACUCAGAAGCCCAUGCGUCUCUUGCAAUCAAAUUACAUUGUUUAGUUUAGCAUAGGUUAGCUACUGAGUUCAGAAGUAACAUUGUUCCUGAAUGGUUCCUGAACCUUUAUGUAGAAGGAUCCAAACAACUUUGAUGUGGUAACUUAGCAUACAUUCCUAAUUCACAGCACAAGAUUUUGUUUCUUGCUCAGCACACUGCAACUGUGUGAGGAGUAGUCUGAAUCUAAACACAAGAUGAGUGUGGGCAUGAAAAAUGCAUACAAACUCGGCUCUCACCAACACUAUUGAGAGUAGAGUACUCAGGAUUUUGUGGGUGCAGGUUGCUGUACAGGCAGCAUCUCACUGGAGAUGUAAUUUUGUAAUAUAUAUAUAUAUUUUUAUAUUUAAGUUUUUGGUUUAUGUAGUUUGUAAAGGUGCAUCUUUAAUUUCUGUUUUAGAAAUUUGCUUUGAUUUACUAUUGAGAUGGUCCAUAGCUAAAUUUUUAAACAGUGCUGUUCAUAAGAAAGUUAUUUGCUCAUGUUAGCAAAAUAAGUAUUCAUUACUGGCAUUUCUUUGAUAUUGUAACUGUAGCUUGAUAACUGUUGUAAGUAACAGUCUCAGUGCAUAGAUAAAGAAAUGUCUUUACAGCUGAUCCAAAGCUCAUUUAAGUCAUCAGGUGUCUUUUCAUAGUAUAGUGGGCUUUUAGUCAUGCAAAUAAUUGUCAAAAGAGCAAACAUCCAGUGGAUCCUCUGUAAUACUCUGCACUCCUAAAUGAUUUUUUACUUGAAUUUGCAUGUAAUUGUGUUCUUUCGCUUAAUUUUUGUCUUCCUAAACUGAAAAACAUAGAGUUACUAGAAGUACAGACAGUACCACUAACUUGCUUCAGACAUAGUCAUUGGUUUAAAAACAAGAGUACAGACUGCACUGCACUAGGGCUUUCUGUUGAUUUUUGCAAUAAAUGAAAUGAACAUCUUAAAACACAAGGAACUGAAGGUCAAAGCACAAGCUGUAGAGUUGCUCAGAGCCGCUGGAUAGUGGAAGAUCAAAUUUUUAAGGAUAUUCAGUCUCACAGUGAUGCUGGUGGCUAUACAGGAGGGGCUUUCAAAAGCCUACUCUCUGUGCUGCUAGGAACCCGAAUUCUCUUUAAAAUGUUACUUUGAGAAUUUAAUGUUGGUAUGCAUCAUUUGCUCAGGUGAGAUUGUAAUUAUCCCUGUGCUUUACUAGUGCACGUGCAGCUGCACAGUAGUUUGGGAAAGUACCCUAGAGCCAUAAUAUUGUGGGACCAUUGUAUACAUACAAUCCAGGGACACAAAACAGUGGCCUCAAGUUGUGCCAGGGGAGUUUUGGAUUGGACAUUAAGAAGAACAGCUUCAUGGAAAAGGUGGUUAGGGAUUGGAACAGGCUGCCCAGGAGGGAAGUGGUGGAGUCACCCUUCCUGGACGUAUUUAGGAAAUUUGUGGACCUGGCACUUAAGGACAUGGUUUAGCAGUUACCUUGAUGUUAGGUGGAUGGUUGGGCUUAAUAAUCUUAAGGGUAGUCUCCAAUUUAAAUGAUCCUAUGAUAACAGAGGAAGCCAUGCAUAGACUACAUGUAUAGUCACUAAUCUGUGUAUAUUGAUGUCUCCUUUUUUUAAAGCUUCUGGGCUGAUUGAGGGGUUUUGAUACAGAUGUAUAAAGAGCAAAAUACUCCAAUGCUCCAUAAAGAACACAGAUUAAACCUUCACAGAGCCACAUCAGUGUUACAGAAGCAGGUUGAAGGGAGCUCAAGACUCUUACGAGAGGAUGUUUGCAGAGCACUAGAUACUGCAGAAAAGUUCACAAGGUCCUUGUAGUAAAUACCCAUUAUAAGGGCUCUAGCAUCUCCAGAAUAUCAAGCCUUAUUUGUGUUAAGUGAAAUGACUUUUUAUACUUUCAAAGAAGAUAGGCUGAUGAAGCACAGAGCAGCCAAAGAAAGAAGGCUUGCGUUUAAACAGAAGAAAAUCACUGGCAUUUUAAGUAUGAAGGUAGUUUUUAUAUACAUUUUCUCCAUGAAGGUUUCCUUUUUAUUUUCCUUUUUAUUUAUUUUAUUUCCGUUUUAGUUUUCAGUAACAGUCCUAGGGGUGGAAAGAUCUUGUGAUGAAGGGCAAAUAUCUGAAAGCAAAGCAGGCCUUCUAUUUUGCAUUGUGGUACAUUAUAGUUUGUUCCUUUAGCACUGAUUCAGCUGGCUUCAUACAUUUUAACACCAGUAAUCUAUUGCUUCUGCCAAUGAGUCUGAACACUAAAAUUAAUAACAGAAUAGAGAUUACAGAGGCAGAGACAGGAGCUAGAUGUUUUUAUGUCAGCAUAAUACAAUUCUUCUGUUUUCAUAUAAGGAGAAAUCAUGGAAGGUGCUAGCAAACAUUAAGGAUUUAUUUUCUUGGGGAUUCUCAUUCCUGUUAAAAAAUUUCACAUUCUUGUAAAAAAGUUUCUAGUUUAGGAGCACAACAAUUGACAAGGUAUGCUGAUUACACUGCUGAAGCAAUGCAUAGUUGGUAGCCCUACACUGAUUAUUCUUAAACAGUUCAUCUGUGGAGUAAUACUGAACUGUAAGAAAGGUGUCCAGUUUCAUAUGGUAUUGUAUUUGUUUAAAAUCAAAACUUUCUUUUUAUAUAGCUAGGGAUUGAGAGGAGUGUUAGAUCAUGCGGCAGAGCUGUUCUUUAACCAGAGUACAUUCAGAACGAAGAAAGCCAUGAAAUCAAGUACUGAUCAGAUCAGAACUUCUUUCCCCAUCACUGCAUUGCUUUCCUCCUAAGGUAGUGGACAGCCUAGAUGGAACAAGGUGGUACAAAUAGGAAGAGAACUGAAGGGACAGAAGUGCAGGAACAUGUUACUUGGCUUGUUAGGAGGUAGUUUGAGACAAAGUAAAUUAUUUUGUGUAGAUUGCUGUCAUCAUCACAACAGCAGAAUUUGUGCACAUUUGUGAGGUUAGCCAAUGUUUUUGUUGGGAAGGGUCACACGCUACAUUCGUUACUUCAAUUUAGUGUUUCAGCUAAACUAGAACAGGACAGUGUCAUCUGAAAGUAGCUUCUGAAUGAGGCACCCGAGAUACCAGUUUUUGCUGGAGAAAUAGCAUGUACAUAUAUAUAAAUGCAUCAGAAUUAUUUUUAUAUGACUAGUAACUGGGGGGAAAAAUAAAUACUCUUUUCAGGGGCUUAGGCAAUAUACCAGUUUAUUUAAAGUUUGGCACUUUAACUAGUUCCUGUGUGUGUGGAUGGGAAGGAUGGCUAAUGAUAAGAUGAUUUGCAUGUUUAGCUUUUGUUUGUCAUUGAAAACCUUCAUCAUUGAAUCUUGUGCGUAAUUGUGUUGCUUGUUUUGUACUCUACCACAGCCUUCUAGGAGGUGGAACAGUACCACAGACAGAUACUCUGGGAACAGCACAAGCGUUGAUCUCACAUUUGAUUAAUUUAUAAUGCUUUUAAUAGACCAAAAUGUGAUGACAGUGUGUAAUUCCUUUAGAAUCAUAAAUAACGAGAACUAUUUGACUGUGUGAACUGGUGAUUAAUAAACCUAUAAGGUUCAUUGCUGGAAAAAGAGCCAUGGUUCUAUUGAAACCAGUCAAGUUGUACCUAUGUUCAGAAAGUAAAAAUCAAUCUGUCUUAACAGUGGUUUUAACUGACUGUGUUCAGUGCUUAAGAGAUUUGUGUUUUAUAUUUUGAAUGCAAUUCCAGAAUAAAUUAAAACAUGAACUCCAACA